UAGUCUGUUCUUGACUCUGUCCAAAUAAUUUUAACUUCAUACAUUAAGCAGGUAGCUGAGACAAAAAUUAACAAAAUGAGCGAAACAGGACCCACGUCCUUGACUAGUAUAAAGCUCAGCAAGAGCAAAAACUCAACCUCGACUAUCUGCAAUCCGGUCAUGCAACAUCAGUGUGCAAAAUGACGAGAGAACAACUCGAUCGUUUAUUUGAUCAAGCUGCCAAACACUUCAACAGUAGUGGAAAAGCGUUAAAUGAAGAUGUUCGUCGUCUGGAAGAAUGGCUGGAAAUGCAAACCCACCUUCCAAAAAUGUUGGACGCUCACGCUCUGCGCAAUUUUUUGAUCCUGAAUAAGGGUAGUGUUGAAGUUACUAAACAGAGGAUCGAUGGCUAUUAUUCGGUGAGGGCGAGGGUGCCAGAAAUUGCCUACGAGAUGAAUCCCAAACGUCCGCACAUGAAGGAAUUUGACAAGAUUGCAUACGUCGUGGACCACCCUCAAUUGACCGACGACAUGUGCAAACUCACUUUUUUCAAAAUAAAAGGUGAAUUUAUAUCACCUAACCUCGACCCGAUUAAUUAUAUCAGAAAAAUGGCUGCUCUGACGGAGCUAAAGCUGCGACAUGACGUUAUGCAUGGAGACAUUUUUGUAUUUGACUAUAAAGGACUUACUUUAAAUGCCGCUCUGAAAGUUACACCAAUGCUACUUUAUAAAGUUUUCGUCGUCCUCCAUGAUGGAGUUCUCUCGACACGUUUCAAAGCUGCACAUAUAAUAAACAUGGCACCACCAAUAACCAAAAUGAUGCAAGCAGUGAAAAUCGUUAUGAAACCAAAACUAUUUGAAAGAGUUCAUAUUCAUUCAGACGAAGAUGCUUUAAAGAAAGUUAUUCCGCUGAAUUUGUUGCCUAGUGAUUGGGGCGGUAAAGGACUAUCGUUACAAGAGCUAGAAGAAAUUUUGGACGCAAAGUUAGCACAAAAUCAAGAAUUAUUUGACCGCCUAGAUGAAAUUAAGGUAGACGAAGACUUGAGACCUAAGAAGUUGAUAGAUGAUUGUAAUCUAGGGGUUCAUGGUAAUUUCAAAAAAAUUGAAAUUGACUAAAGAAAUAAAGUUUUAGUAAUAAGAUAGUAAUACUUUUGUAGUCAUAACAUAAACUGAAAACUAAAAUAAAGUCUUACAUAAAGUCGUCA